AUGAUCUUUCGGUUACCCACUGCAGUUGUGGCAACCUUAUUGGUUGGCGCUUCCGCCUUUGCCCCCACCAAUAUCCAAAUGUCCCGAACAAAUACUAAGCAAAGAGGAACCAGCACUGUCGUUGUUGUCAACCAAGACUUGGGAGCUGGAGGCAUGGCAGAUACUCGUGAUCCCGAUGCAUUAGAUCACGAUGAUCCCCGGAAAUCCAUCAGUGCCGCUCCCAGUUUUGAAGAAUACUUGAAACUUCGAGGAGAGGGUGCUGCUGGCAGUAGUAGUAGUGCAGCCGCAAGCGAGGCACCAUCACCAGCUCCGGCCGCUGCGACACCAGUGGCACCUAGCCCAGCACCAGUGGCUUCUACUGGCGGUGGCGGCGGCGGUGAUGCCAUUACUACGUUGGAGACCUCUCAAGCAGCUUCCGUUGCCAAAAUCCAAGCAGGCAUUCCGGAUUUGGCCGUCAAACCCGAUUUUACCAUUGCGGAAUCCCUUUCCACCUCGGAAGCCAUUACCAUUGAUGCCUUUGAUGCUGCCGGUCCCGCCAAUGUUGCAUGGAUUGCAAGUGUAUCAGUCUCGGAUAAAAUGAGCUCCUUGACAAUAUUCAAUGGUCCAUUGACAGAUGUUCCCCAUUUGGUCUCCAGAUGCUCGGUUGUUCCAGGUGGUUCUUUGCAUUGGAAGUUGGACUUUCGACCACGUGAUUAUGGUGCCUAUGAAAUGCGCAAGGAGGAUGGAAGCUAUCCAGGUCCAGAUGAACUGGGACGCAAGUCCUUUGAGUAUUCUGGAGCCCGCAAACAGUUCGAAUCCAAGUUUGGAACGGAUGAAGUCUUGGCCUUUUUGCAGUCCACUAUUGAUUCUUUGGAGGGAGAUAUUGUCAAGGACUAUGAAAUUGAAGGAGCCAGCGGACACGAAGAAGAUUUGUUGACGCGGGGACCUUUGUUCACCAGUAUCCUAAUGCCCAAUACCCCGGCCAAUGUUGCCGCUGUGGUCAAGGCACGAGAGCAAGCGGCUGACUGGUGGCUGAGUUGGGCCACAGAUGGGCAACACGAUCACCGACCAGGAGCUCCUGUCAAUACACAAUAUGUCUACGAUAGCAAAUUCAAAAUCAAUGCGUAUGGGGCACUAUUGGGAGAGUAUAAAGCAAUGUACGGUGCUGAAGAUGGACAGAAAUUGGCCGUCGGUGAAUCUGGACCCUUGGAUGAAGCAUAUGUAGGAGGAGGCAGCUAA